AUGGACAUGUCAAAUUUCACGCCGAAUGUCCUCUACAACGAUGAGCCAUAUAGUCUUCCCGAGGAUCUGUGUCUAGAUCAGUGGCGUAGCGACGCGGCUGUCAAGGACUUUGUGGUCGAUGUCUUGACAUCGCGGUAUACUCCGGCGCGGGUCCAGAAGGCGCGCAUGUCGUUGGAGCAGAGAAUCGUGGAGGAGUCAACGUCUGACUGGCUCCUACGUCUUCACUCGCUCUGCAUACGACUGUACCAGUGUCGUACCACGCAUGCGCAUGCUGCACAUAUAUUUGCUGGGGCAUUGGAAGCUGCUGUCACUGCAGCUAUUCAAGCCAAGUCAAAAGGCAUUUCGACGAUAUCGGAAGAUGAUAUCUGGAUAGCUUCGCGAGGAGAGGAGGUGCGAGAGUGGUUGCGCGAACAGGGGGAGCAUUUGAAGGACGACUAUGAUUCCUUUCUACGCCCGAAGAAGAGCCUUGUUGCAUCUCACGAGGAUAACGACAUGAUUGAUGAUCUCUGUUCCACUCUCGAGACUGAGGGGCCAGAUAGUCCCGAUUACAACCCUCCGGGAAGCGAGAUGGUUCUCGACUUGAGCAAUGAUGAGGCAGUUGAGCGCUUUGAGCUCACAACCGAGAAUAAGACUGCAUUUCGCGAUGCAUUGCGAAUACCGGCAGUACAACUACGUGUGUGCAGACGCUGGACAGCCAAUAUCGGUGAAUACUUUAAGCUGAGUCUCUCUGACGCUUCUGAAGGCGAGGUUGAACGCGCGUGCUUACCUGCUGUCAGCGCUCUGAUGCAGAUGAAAAAUGCCCCUCGCCGUACCACUACUUGCACCGAGAGUUGGCAAGAUGCCGUAGCGCGGAGUGGACUAGCAGAGUUAUUGACGAUGAUCACCCGCACCGACUUCAUGCUGCGCUGGCAGCUUCAGUCUCAGAUCGCCACACACGAAGUUCUGCUACACGCACUUCACUCAUCUUGCUUCCAUCAGUGGCGAGAGUCCCUUGCUGCCAUAUACCAAUCCUGGACACCAAAGAUGUCCCCGGAGGAAAUUGCCAGUGCAGCUGCCGAGGAAAGCGAAAACCCCGGAUUGAACCUCCGGAACCUGAACGAAUAUGGCCAUUCAUCGUCUGAGUGGCUGAGGAGAUAUGUUGCGCGUCGUGAGCAGUCCAAGCGGACUGAAUUUGAGCGCAAGCGGCGACGCGAUGGAAAGACGAGAGAGUUUGUCUUGAACGCUCGGCUCAACAUAGGCGAACAAUUCCUCGGCUUCCUUGGUGAUCACCCGCAGGUCCUUCCAGAUCGAUACAAUAUGCAAGGCUAUUUUUUUCUUCUCGAUCGUGCACAUUUUUUGCGCAAUUUUACUCAGUGGAUCCGUGGCGCUCUCUUGUUGUAUGGCUAUACUGUAAGCCCGUCCCCCUUUAUUCUUGGCUUCUGCCUGCUGAACUCUAUGAUGAAGGUCUCCCCUCCCGAUGUCGAGAAGAUCUAUACCACGGUCAGGAGUGUGAUUACAGAGCACCUGCAGUUCGAUGGGCAAAAUGAGAAACUCUAUCUUUUAUACAAGGAAUGUGAAGGACUGCGUCGCACGAUGAAGAAGAGGUUGCCAAAAGUCAAGCUAGAGACGCUCGAGGGCUUCGAAGAGGUUUCCGUCCAUUACGUGACGGCUCUCGACGAGGAGGAAUUGGAGAAGAUAAGGGGUUGCGCAUUCACGUUUCACGAUACGGACCAUAUUCAGACUACGGGUGGGAAGGGAAAGGGAAAGGGAAAGAAGGAUAGCACCGAGCACAGGCCGGGAACGAGGUUCCUCGAUCCUCGCAAGGCGCCUCUAAACCUGGAACGUGUGGCACCGAUCGAGAAGAAUAUCCUCGGCAAGUACAAGCGCGAUGUACAUAUCUUCAUUGAAAAGUCGACGGGAACGCUUGUUGGCGGUGUUAUAUUCAAUGCACUCACCGACGCCGAAUUGCGCGAGUCUUUGGCACACCACGCACUCAUGUCCCAACAUCCAAACUUGCAGCGUGGUGCAUCAUUUCUCGAAUUUGCAUUUGGCAAAAUGGUGCCAAUCGGGUUUCGCGUCCCAAUGGGUGGUCGUCCUGGAGAAGAUUACGCGCCGUACAAGGUCUUGAUCGAUGCGGCAGAUAAAAGCCAAGAGCACAAUGAUAAUGAGGAUGUCCGACUCAUGUUUGGACAUGCAAAGGACUCUGAACGACUGUUCAAUGCAGUGAGACGCUAUGUACCGGAGGUUGUCAAGGAGAUCCGCAAAGUCUCCGAUGAGCACGGCUUGAAAGACAUGGGUAGCUGUGGCGUGAGCAGCUACUACUGCACGAACUACAUGGCACCGCAGCAUAAAGAUGGAGACAUUGGUUGGUCUAUUUGUUCACAGCUUUUCAAGAACCUGGAAAGCGCUGGUGGCUCCGAAACCGACGACUUUAACUUCGCAUUUGCAAAAUGGGGCAAAUACAUACAAACUCAAAAGAAUUGCGUCUGGUGGUUCCGAAGCAAUGAUUUGCACGGUACGAUCAUGCCGACAAACAGCACAGUUCAGAACCUAUCAAGGCAAGCGAAGGAGGAGCGCAGGAAUGCUGUGAAGUUUGCUCGCAUGCAACGGAUGCAGAGGCUGUCACCAGCAGAGCGCCUUCGUGGCGGUGCAGGUUCAGACAGAGAGGACGACGAGGAUGAGGAUGACAGGAGUGAAGUCUCCCAGGUUGCUAUUGCCGGAUCCCCUCCGCGCACUGGUUCGGGAGGCGUGCAUGUCACCACACGCAAAAAGGAUGCUGAUCGUGCUCGAACGUUUAAGCAGACUGAAGAACGCAGCGCAGCCCGGAAUAGGUAUUGGAGGGAAAGGAUAGACAGGUUGUAA